AUGGACGAAGAAGACAAUGAUGGAGGCUUCAUUGAGGAGGAGGAGGACCUGUAUGAUGUUGCCCAAUUCUCUGACGAAGGAAGACGUGAACACCAUGGUCUGGAAGAAUUUGAGGAUCAUAUCGCGGAACAUUCCAAGUUCAUGGACGAACACCGCUUCCACUUGCGGAAGGAUCAGCUGGAAAAAGCCAAACGUCGGACUACAGACCUGUUGGAGAGAAUUGCUAAGAAGAAACCCGAAGAAGAGAUUUCCCCAGCCUUUCAGGAUAUGCUGGAGUUGGGAGUGUUGGAGGCCAUGAAGGCGUUGGAGGAGGCCCUCCAGGAUGAUUAG